UAGUACAAAGAGAUCGAAAGAGUGAAGAGAGAAAAAAAUAUUGGUGUUUUGUGGAGAGAGAGAGAGAGAGAAAGAAGAGGCAAGGCAAUGCGGAAGAGAGGUGUGUCAACGUUGUUACUCCUGUUCUUCUUCUUCUUCUUCUCAAUCAAUUUCGUUCCUUCUGCUCUUGCUAUCUGGCUUACCGUGCCCUCUACUGGUACCAAGUGCGUCUCUGAAGAAAUCCAACACAACGUCGUCGUUUUGGCCGACUAUGUCGUUAUACCCAGUGAUCAUUCCAAGAAUCCCACCCUCGCUGUCAAGGUAACAUCACCAUAUGGAAACAAUCUUCAUCACAGUGAGAACACAACUCAUGGUAAUAUCGCAUUUACUACUCAAGAGGCUGGAAACUACCUGGCAUGCUUCUGGGUGGAUAGCCAUACUCAAGGAGGUGGUGAGGUUAAUGUAAACCUUGAUUGGAGAAUUGGGAUUGCAGCCAAGGACUGGGAUUCGGUUGCUAGAAAAGAGAAGAUUGAGGGAGUUGAGCUUGAGCUGAGAAAGCUAGAAGGAGCAGUGGAGGCCAUCCAUGAGAAUUUGCUUUAUCUCAAGGGCAGGGAAGCUGAGAUGAGAAUUGUGAGUGAAAAAACAAAUGCUAGGGUGGCAUGGUUUAGCAUUAUGUCCUUGGGUAUCUGCAUUACUGUUUCAGGUUUGCAAUUGUGGUAUCUGAAGCGGUUCUUCCAGAAGAAGAAGCUUAUAUAGAUUAUGCUAUUGUUAGUUUAAUUUUAUUAGUGAUACAAAGAACAUUUUAAUACUCAAUUUUUUUUUUUUAUGAACACUACUUCAAGUCUUAGACAGAAAUUUUUGAUACCAUAAGUAGAGUUUUUAACUUUUCUAAAUUUUAUUACAAUGAAUUGUCUUGUAUGAUUGGGAUAUGAAAACCGGCAGAUAAGAGAAGAAUUUUAAUGAAUGAUACUAAGGUAGUAUAAGGUGGGCUAUCACAUCUGUUUAUUGUUAGUCA